ACGUAAGAGGGAACGUCACUUCCGUUCUCGUGGGACAUUGACGAGUGGCCGUUGGCCUCGUGGUUUUCUGCCCGCGUUCUCCUCUUCUUUAAAGGGGGCAAAGGCGUCCUGCCGCCGCCAUCGCCAUCAUCAUGCUGGUCCUCUUCGAGACCGCCGCCGGAUACGCCAUUUUCAAGGUUCUGGAUGAGAAGAAACUCCAAGAAAUUGAUAGUUUGUGGAAAGAGUUUGAAACUCCCGAAAAAGCAAAUAAAAUUGUGAAAUUGAAACACUUUGAGAAGUUUCAGGACACCACAGAAGCACUUGCAGCAUCCACAGCUCUGGUGGAAGGCAAGAUUAGCAAGAAUUUAAAGAAAAUCUUAAAGAAGAUAGUUGCCAAAGAUGCCCAUGAACAGUUGGCUGUGGCAGAUGCUAAACUGGGUGGUGUAAUAAAGGACAAGCUGAACUUAAGUUGCAUCCACAGCCCAAUGGUUACUGAACUAAUGAGAGGCAUUCGUUCACAAAUGGAAGGGCUUAUCAGUGGCCUUCCAGCACGGGAGAUGGCAGCUAUGUGUUUAGGACUGGCACACAGCCUCUCCCGAUACAAGUUGAAGUUCAGUCCAGACAAAGUUGACACAAUGAUUGUCCAAGCAAUUUCCCUUCUUGAUGACUUGGACAAAGAAUUAAAUAACUACAUAAUGCGCUGCAGAGAAUGGUAUGGUUGGCACUUUCCAGAACUGGGCAAAAUUAUCACAGAUAAUCUAACAUACUGUAAAUGUGUACAGAAAAUUGGAGACAGAAAAAACUUUUCCUGUUCUGAUCUGUCUGAGGUCCUUCCUGAGGAAGUUGAAGAGGAGGUGAAAGCAGCUGCAGAGAUCUCCAUGGGGACUGAAGUGUCUGAAGAAGAUAUAAGCAACAUACAACACUUGUGUGAUCAGGUGAUUGAGAUCUCAGACUAUCGAGCACAACUGUAUGAUUAUCUUAAAAACAGAAUGAUGGCAAUUGCACCUAACCUUACAGUCAUGGUGGGAGAGCUAGUAGGAGCCCGGCUUAUUGCUCAUGCAGGCUCCCUUUUGAAUCUGGCUAAGCAUCCAGCAUCAACUGUUCAAAUUCUGGGUGCUGAAAAAGCACUUUUUAGAGCCCUGAAGACUAAACGUGACACUCCAAAGUUUGGUUUGAUUUAUCAUGCUUCUCUUGUGGGGCAAACAACAGCCAAAAACAAGGGAAAGAUCUCACGAAUGCUGGCAGCAAAAACAGCCUUGACUAUUCGUUAUGAUGCCCUUGGAGAGGGUACCAGUGCUGAGAUGGGUGCUGAGAACAGACUGAAAGUAGAAACAAGACUAAGGCACCUGGAAGAAAAAGGGAUAAGAAGAAUAAGUGGCACAGGAAAAGCCAUAGCCAGGGCAGACAAAUAUCAGCAUAAGAGUGAAGUGAAGACAUAUGAUCCUUCUGGGGAAUCUACACUCCCUCUGGUCCCAAAGAAACGCAAAAGUGAAAUAGAGGUGGAAGAAGAAAAUGAGGUACCAGUUCCCAAAAAACUGAAGAAGACUAAAGUAGUAGAAAUUAAAGAAGAGGAAGAAGAGGAGGCAGUAGCAGAGGAGGAAGAGCAAGAUGACAGUGAACGUGUCAAAAAGAAGAAAAAGAAAAAGGAGAAAAAACAGAAAGCUCAAGAAGAGGCAGUUUGGGUGGACGAAGAUGAAGAAGAACCAUCAACAAGUGCAGCAGUAGAGAGUACAGAGAAGAAAAAGAAGAAGAAGAAGAAAAUUAAAGAGGAGCCUGAAGAUGAUGACUGAGAAGAGGAAGGCACAGUUUCUUGGGAUGACUUGCAUUGGUUUUAUGUUUCCUAGGUCAUUUGCUUCACAGUUAUAUUUUGCUCCAUGGGUAGGGAUGGCUGAGAAAUACUUUAUCUUUCUUGGGGCAGAUGAUUUUUUUAAUUUUAUUUUUCGGUUUUUUGAUAUUCAUUUUUUAGCCUGAUCUUACAGGCGAAAACUUCCCUAACAGUAAUUUUUUAUUGACAUGUGUUAAUAUUACUAUAUUUGUACUGUAAUAUUGAGGUGGGUAGUUACACCUGAAAAGCAAUAUAUAAAUACGUAAAAA